AUGCGUCUUCCAUACGUUCCAGAGCCUCCUCCCACCACCACACCCGAAGAGGCAGAUAUUCUGGCCCGAGUACAGGCGAGACGUACUCCCGGGGGCUUGAUCCCACUUGAUCGCGCCCUUCUACACUCAUUUCCAGUGGCAGACGGGUGGAAUUCAUUCAUUGGGGCGAUUCGGACAAAGACAAGCCUGACAACUAUCAUCAAGGAACUGAUCAUUUGCCGCGUGGCCGUUCUGAACGGAGCAUGGUUCGAGUGGGAACACCAUGCUCCUUUGCUGCAGGAGGGUGGAUUCAGCGAGGACGGGAUGCUCGUUGUCCGAGAUGCGCGGGCAAAUAUAGCCCAGAAAGUCGAGGAGAAGGUCUUGAGUCCAGCUGAAGGCGCGGUUCUGAAGUAUACAGAUGCUAUGACUCAGACGGUUGCGGUGCCAGAUCUAGUGUUCCAGGAUCUCAAAAACUUUUUUAACGAGAAGGAAAUUGUGGAGAUCACGGCGACUUCGGCGGCGUAUAACUGUGUCAGUCGAUUCCUUGUUGCGUUGGAUGUUGGUGAAAGAAAUAUUCAGGAUUGA